AGCAAGUACGAAUUGAAGACAAGCUGCGCAAAGAUGGCGGAGGAUUUUCUUUGCGCGCCGGUAUCAAACGCAAAUAUGUCUGGGUCUGGAACGUAAAAAGUGUCAUGCUAUACAUCUGAAUCAUGCAAAAAUCUGUGUUGCAUGAGUACCAGGAGACGCCCACAUUCUACUAGGUUGAGAGGGAGUUUCUCAUGCGCAGGAUACUUAGUCAUGAUCGAGAUCUCACAGAGUGAUCUGUUAAGCUAGGUCCUGCCUUCCAGACCUCACGGGCCACGGACAACCUGCAUGACCAGUCUUGCACACUUGUUCCGGACCCAGACAUAUUUGCAGUGCAUAUCGGGGCGGCAGUAGCAGAAAGCUCUUCGUGUGCGGCCCACCGAAAGAUAUGGCCCGCUCAGAUGUUGCAAACUCAGGUCUUACAACACGAAUGGCAGUUUGUACUGCGUGUGAACUAAAAUCGAAACACGACAUUUCCUUUAUCUCGCAUUGCUGGUCUGAGGCAAUGUUCCCUCUCAUGCGAAUCGCUGACGAAAGAGGAAAGGCCCGGCCUUUCCUGCAGUACAAAGUAUCAAUAAGAUUGCAACACUUGAGAUUGCAAUGCCUGAGCGGACUAUAGGAGAUCUAUUUCCCGCGCACCCUCCGUUUCUUGGAGCAAGGAGUAGAGGCUCUUUUGGCGUUGGCGAGCUCCGGCGGCUGUCUACCCCCGACGUGGAGACCUACUACGUCGAUGGCCUAGGGGAUAGAAAAAACCACCACAGUUGUGCGACUACUUUCGCAUGGUGUAGCCGUUUUGCUAGUUAGAAGCUGCACUGUCAUCAUGCCAAAGCGUAAGGAAACAACCUCCGACAUCAUCGCUACACUGGAC